AUGGAGAAAUAUAAGACGGAUAUUUCAUAUUGGGAAAAAGAGUUUCCUUUCCUUAGCGAGGUUUGGUCUACAUUUAAUGAUUUUGAUAAAAAUGUGGAUCAUAAUAGAUAUAAUUAUAAUAAACUAUGUACUUUUAUUUUAAAAAAAGAAUAUGAGGACCUAAGUAUGUACAAUGAUUUCUGUAUGAAAGUUAUGAGAAAUUUAGGAUAUUAUUCUAUGGAAAAUAAUUCUUACAACUUUACAGAAGAGCGUUGUACCAUAUUAUAUAAUUGGAUAUAUAAUUCAAUAAUAAAAAAUCAAACUACAGUUGAUGUUGUUAAUAAAAUCUUAAAACCGCCUUAUGGAAAUAUAUUUAAUAAUCGUAUCAUGGAGAGGUGUUCUUUUAAAUCAUAUGAUGAAUUUUAUAAGGAACCAAUAAAAAUAACAUUAUUAGAUAUUUUUAUUUAUAAAACGCCAAAUAUAGAUACGUUAUUUAAAACAAAUGGAAAAAAUAAAUUAUAUGCACAAAAGUUUAUAUGUGAGUGUGUUAAAAUAUGUAAAUAUAUGAAUGAGAAAUAUUGUCCUAAUGAGGAAGGGACAAGUGAAGAUUACAGAAAUACAUGUUUAAAAUUAAAGAGUUUUAAGGCCUUAUAUAUGUCGUCUCUUUAUAAUGUAAACUAUUCAAGUCCUAUUAUACCAUCUUUAGAUAAUAUAGAUGUUGAUUUAUCAUCGAAAUGUCCAGAACAUGAAAAAAGUUUGCAAUUAGAUUCCGAUGUCGUUAAAACUCAAAUGAAAUAUUCAGGAAAUGAUUUAUUCACAGAUACUGAAGGACAGAGUAAUGUUUUUACAGAAGAUACAACUAUAUCUCAUGGAAAUAUAGAUGUUCCAAUGAAGAAAACUAUAACUACAACAAUUGGUACAUUUGCUGGUGCAUCAUUACCAUUAGUACUUUUAUAUAAGGUUAAUGCAAUAUUUUAUUUAAACAUAUGCAAAAUAUUACAUACCUAUGAUUAUACGAUGUCCUCAUAUUAA